GUUUGCACCAGUUUGCCAAUCUUCAAAAUAAUCAACUCAGGCUUUUGAUCAAACACUUUGUCUGCAUCCUUUUAUCAUCCAUGGAGGGGAAAGGAAACAGCGCGGCUUCGACGGAUGCCCCAAAGUGGGGUGCGAGCCAGAUGGGCGCGCCUGCGCCGCCAUCAUACCCAGAUAACCAGCAGGCCAACACCUACUGGACUGCCCACAGCGGAGAGGGAAAAGGAGCUAGCUCUGCUCAGACGGAGCCUGCAAAAUGGGGAACACACCAGAUGGGCACUCCUGCACCGCCUCCAUCACACCCUGAGAACCAGAAGGCGGCCGCCUAUUGGGGUCCCCAUCGCGGCGACGAGGAGCGUCCACCAUAUGUUUUGUUCGAGUCAGGUAAUCAUAGCCGCCCAUCAAGCGGAACAAGCCCCAUGGAAACAAUUCUCGACGCCUUCAACUCAUGGACGCGCAAGGCCGAAACUUUGGCAAGCAACGUAUGGCAGAAUCUGAGAACGGCGCCGUCGAUGAUGGACGCCGCUUGGGGAAAGGUGAGUCUGACGGCAAAAGCGCUGACGGAGGGUGGCUUCGAGACACUCUACCGACAAAGCUUCCCGGCCGACCCUUCCGAUCGGGUUAAAAAGACCUUCGCUUGUUAUCUGUCGACCACCACGGGUCCUGUAGCCGGCACGCUGUAUUUAACGACGGCGAACGUGGCGUUCUGCAGCGAUCGGCCGCUUAGCUUCAAGGCGCCGUCGGGGCAGGAGGCGUGGAGCUUCUAUAAGGUCUUUAUCCCUCUGCAAAAGAUAGCUAAUGUGGAUCCGGUGACGGUGAGGGAGAACCCGCCGGAAAAGUAUAUCAAGGUUGUGACGGUGGAUGGGCACGAGUUCUGGUUCAUGGGUUUCGUUAGCUACGAAAAAGCGUCGAACCAUCUCCUGAAUGCAGUUCACGAUAUGGCGGCGGGGCAGUGGGCGGCGGGGCAUCCGACGGCGGAGCAUCGGCCGGCGGGGCAGGGGCCAGCGGGGCAAGGGACGGCGGGGCAUUGGCCGGCGGGGCCACAUGUAGCUGGUCCAGGGGGAGAAGCUUUAGCUAAAGAGGUGUGAAAAAGAUUUGUGUGUGUGAUUUGGUGAGAGUAUUAGGUGCUUGAUGUGUAUCCUACAAAUUGUAAUUGGAUUAGCGAAUCAUGAUUUGGGAGUGUUAUGGAGAUUGUUUGUUAA